CCGCGGCGCUUCCGGGAGCCCGGCGGCCGCGGCCAGUACCCGCAGCCUUUGGUACCUCAAGGUAGUCUCGGACGUGCGGCCGGAGGCUCCACUCCCCGCGAGGCCAGAUGCCCGUCCAGCCUCCAAGCAAAGACACAGAAGAGAUGGAAGCAGAGGGUGACUCAGCCGCCGAGGUGAACGGGGAGGAGGAGGAGAGUGAAGAGGAUCGCAGCGGCAGCCAGACCGAGUCAGAGGAGGACAGCUCAGAGAUGGAUGAAGAGGACUACGAACAGCGCCGCAGCGAGUGCGUCAGCGAGAUGCUGGACCUGGAGAAGCAGUUCUCGGAGCUGAAGGAGAAGUUGUUCAGGGAACGACUGAGUCAGCUGCGGCUGCGGCUAGAGGAAGUAGGGGCCGAGAGAGCCCCUGAAUACACAGAGCCUCUUGGGGGGCUGCAGCGGAGCCUCAAGAUCCGCAUUCAGGUGGCAGGGAUCUACAAGGGCUUCUGUCUGGAUGUGAUCAGGAAUAAAUACGAAUGUGAGCUGCAGGGAGCCAAACAGCACCUGGAGAGCGAGAAGCUGCUGCUGUAUGACACACUGCAGGGGGAGCUGCAGGAGCGGAUCCAGAGGCUGGAGGAGGACCGCCAGAGCCUGGACAUCAGCUCCGAGUGGUGGGAAGACAAAUUGCACGCCAGAGGCAGCUCAAAGACCUGGGACUCCCUGCCACCCAGCAAGAGGAAGAAGGCACCUCUCGUUUCUGGCCCUUACAUCGUGUACAUGCUGCAGGAGAUCGACAUCCUGGAGGACUGGACGGCUAUCAAAAAGGCUAGGGCAGCUGUGUCCCCUCAGAAGAGAAAACCAGAUGGCCCAUGACCCUGCUGUUCAUAGCCAGGGGAUCCCUCGGAGCAGCUGGCACCAAACCCAGAUUUGCAUUUCCCUGCUGCGGAAGGUAGACUGCCCAGCCCCCCAGUGGCUCUCCAGUGUUGCUGCUGGGUCCUCCCCCUCCAGCUGUCACUGGUCUGGGCUCCUCCUCUGCCCUCCUUGGGUUCUGUGCAGCUGUGGCCCCAGAGUGGCCAGGCAAGGCUUGUGUCUGUCCCUGACCAGCUCACCACCUCCCUCUCCUGAAGAUCAGCUUCCUCAGUGCCCCUCUGGCAAAGAAGACAGGCCUUGUCCUAAGCCAAAGCAACAUCCUUCCUGCUGACCUCUCAGCCACUGAGCCAAUGAGCUGGGCCCUCCAUUGUGGAACUCUGAGCCAGAAAUGAUAUUUGGGGGGCCUGUCAGUCCUGGCUGGAGCUGAAGGAGAGAAGCCAGGCUCCCCAGGAUUUUUCUCAGUGUGGUUCUUGGUAUCUGCCUCCCAAAUUGUGAGGACUGGAAAUAAAACUUUUUGUGGGA